CCACCUCAUUUCACCGUCAUCGCCUUCAGAGCCUUUUUAACUGGGACAACAUGGCUGCACCGGCCGGUCGCUACUACAACGAGGGAGGCAGGGCAACGAAAAGACAGAAAACCGAAAAUAACGACGGAGGGAUGGCUACGGAGGGCUACGAAGAUCCCCACAAGACUUUGCCCUCACCUGUGGUGCAUGUGAGGGGUCUGGUGGAUGGCAUUACGGAGGCUGACCUGGUGGAGGCGCUGCAGGAGUUCGGAACAAUCAGCUACGUGGUGGUGAUGCCGAAGAAGCGCCAGGCCCUGGUGGAGUACGAGGACAUGAACGGCUCCUGCAACGCCGUGAACUACGCCUCCGACAACCAGAUCUACAUCGCUGGCCACCCCGCCUUCGUCAACUACUCCACCAGCCAGAAAAUCUCGCGCCCCGGCGACCCCGAUGACUCGCGCAGCGUCAACAACGUGCUGCUGCUCACCAUCAUGAACCCCAUCUACCCCAUCACCACGGAUGUGCUGUACACCAUCUGUAACAACUGUGGCCCUGUUCAAAGGAUUGUCAUCUUCAGGAAGAAUGGCGUGCAGGCCAUGGUUGAGUUCGACUCUGUGCAGAGCGCUCAGCGGGCCAAAGCCUCUCUCAAUGGGGCUGACAUCUACUCCGGCUGCUGCACCCUGAAGAUCGAGUAUGCCAAGCCGACGCGUCUCAACGUGUUCAAGAACGACCAGGACACCUGGGACUACACCAACCCCAACCUGAGUAACCAAGAUGCAGAAGGAGAUGGCAGUUGGAGCAAUGCACAAGACAUGAACGCCAACCCCAACAAGCGUCAGAGACAGCCGGCUCUGCUGGGAGACCAUCCUCCAGAGUAUGGUGGUCCACAGGGUGGUUACCACGGGCAUUACCAUGAUGAGAGCUACGGUCCUCCCCCUCCUCCCCCCCACUAUGAGGGCCGGCGCAUGGGCCCACCCAUGGGCGGCCCCCGCCGCGGAGGCCCCAACCAGCGAUACGGAGGCCCCCAGUACGGACAUGCCCCUCCCCCGCCAGAGUACAGCCCCCAUGCUGACUCCCCCGUUGUCAUGGUGUAUGGACUGGACCCUUCCAAGAUUAACGCAGACAGGGUCUUCAACAUUUUCUGUCUGUACGGUAACGUUGAGAGGGUCAAAUUCAUGAAGAGUAAGCCUGGAGCAGCCAUGGUGGAGAUGGGCGACUGCUACGCUGUGGACCGCGCCAUCACACACCUCAACAACAACUUCCUGUUUGGACAGAAACUCAAUGUCUGUGUGUCAAAGCAGCAGGCCAUCAUGCCAGGCCAGUCCUAUGAGCUGGAGGACGGCACCAGCAGCUUCAAGGACUUCCACGGCACCCGCAACAACCGCUUCACCUCCCCGGAGCAGGCGGCCAAGAAUCGCAUCCAGCACCCCAGCAAUGUUCUGCACUUCUUCAACGGCCAGCCUGACGUCUCCGUGGAGAUCUUCACACAGAUCUGCGAGGAGCUGGGAGUGAAGAGCCCAUCCAACAUCAAGCUCUUCACGGGAAAGAGUGGGGGUCCAGGCGAGCGCAGUUCUUCCGGCCUGUUAGAGUGGGAGUCCAUCAAUGAUGCCAUGGAGGCUCUGGCCAUGAUGAAUCACUAUCAGAUGAAGAACCCCAAUGGGCCAUACCCUUACACCCUGAAGCUGUGCUUCUCCACUGCACAGCACGCAAACUGAACACUUGGCCAUCGCCAUGGAGACCAGCCACCCCCACACCCACCCCUACCCCCACCACCCCAAAAUAGGACACAGCAGUGACCCAGUCCUUCCCUCCACUUACCCUGAAUGUCCAUACAAGCUGUGUGUCUGUGCAGUCUUGAGUUGUCUUUAUUCUUUAGUAUGUAACUGUGGCGAGAACGGCACAAGACACACUGACACAGAAGAGUUACUUUUUUUUUGCUUUUACUAAAGAGAGAAGAGGAAGAGCUUUUGU